CACUGGGUCGUGCUGCUCCAUCUGCUAUAAGAGUGGAUUUUCAAAUUUUAAGUUUGUAAAAUGGAAUCAGACAUUUUAAGGUUAACAAAACUGUACUCAAAAGCUGGACUUCUGAAUGUUUUCAUGCUCACUGCGCGUCCGCUCAGGGUAUGCCAAAAUCUGCCCAAUACCGACGUCACGGCCGUUUAAAAAAAUCGCCAGAGAGUCGUGACUGACAUGCAACGUAACAACAAGAAGUUUUUUGGGCUCACACUAUUCGGUCUGAGAUGGAGAAAUAGAGAAACUGAAACCCGACUUUAAUGAUUAAUUACCAUAAAAGGGUCGAGGCAUUUUAAAGAACCUUACAUUUUCGGAGAUGUCCACCGCCGUUUCUCCAACAGACUCCUCUGCACUUUUCCCCACGGAUCAAUUGACAAUCAUUGUGGCUUCAUUUUCUUGUCUGGUGUUUUUUGUGGUGAUUGUGCUGCUGCUGUCUCUCCUUUACCGGAAGGACCCUCUCUGCUGCAAAGUCAGGGCUUAUCAGGACUCACGUGGAGAUUUAGAGGCCCCUUCUCAGUAUUACAGCAGCAGACAAACUCUGGUGGGCUCACCUUGUGCUGAACUGCCUCAUACCACGAGGCAUGACAACUCAAACACUCAGUCAGGGCAGUUGUUCUAUGUUGGCCUGCCCAGCAUGUACCGCCUCCCAGACCUGGACCCUCCCCUGCCCCGUCUACCCUCCUAUGAGAGUGUGCGCAAAAAGGACCGGCAGCGGCAGAUCCACAUGAUGAUAGCUGACCGCUUCGGCCUGAACGGACCCAUGACAACAGAGCCUCCUCCCACAUACGAGGAGAGCAUUCGCCAAUCUGUUCAGUCCCUCGACAUUCCAUUUGACACCAUGUCAUCGGUAGCUGUGCCACAUGCUCUUUUGAACCUUCAGCCUCCUGUGGAUACCUUACCUCUAUAUGAGGCACUACCUCAGAGCACAGCUUCACCUGGCCAAAGGAGUAAAGCAAACCGAGAGCCAUGAGGAGACUGGUGUCAUUAUGCAGGCCUUAUGCAACUCACACAGAAGUCUGAAGCACACCUUCCAUGUGUUAGAAGCACAUCCUACUGACUGGAGCUUUGUUUACGAAUGACUCUUCACACCAGGGCAGGAAAAACAUGGGAUUUGACUGUAGCGUUUCUGCACUGGGCAUGUGCAGAAAACUACAUAACAAGAAAGCUGUGUAAAUAGCAAACAGCCGCAAUGCAGCUUGAUAUAUGUGGCUUAACUUGAUAUAUGUGGCUUAACUCUGAAUCACUAUGCAAUCUCAGGGAACAUACAGACUUUAUGUACUAGAGGUAAAGAGUGAUCUUGAGACUACCUGAGAUGGCAGGUUCAUCUCACACCAAAGAGCCACUUAAUAUUUUAUUUUUUUUUUUUUUAUUAUUUUUUUUUUUACAUUUUGUCUUUCAUUGUCUGAAAUUUACCAGCACAAACUGGGAAUCAUUGCUGUUAUCCUCUUUUAUAUUUUUCUGACUCUUGGAAAUUGUCUCAUGUUUUCUGAUUAUAAAUUCUGAUGCCUCAGCAUGACACGUACACUAGUGUGUGCAUCAAAGAACUGUACAAUUUCAGGAAAUGAGAACUUGUACAAACAUUUCCCUAAAUAAAGUAUGAAUUUCUGAUCUGUGAUCUCUCAGACCAUAUUUUAGGUACCGUGACAGCAGCCUUUCAGAAAUUAUGUUUCGAAUCAGGGGAUUAGGA